AUGGCUUCUACUACCACCAAUGAAAUCAUUAAGCUCAAUGCUCCCGCACACUUUCCCAUUAAACUCACUACCAUCAAUUUCCCAGUUUGGCGCCAACAAGUUCAUGAUACCCUUGUUGGUCUCAACCUCCUGGGCUAUAUUGACAGUUCCACCACGGAACCCACUGAAUACACGGAUCCUGCUCGAACCGUUCCCAACCCAAGACAUUUAACUUGGUACCGUCAGGACCAAAUCAUUGUUGGUGCACUUCUGGGUAGCUGCACUGACACAAUACAGCCACUCGUUUCAUCCGCUACGACAACUUAUGAUGCAUGGCAACGUCUGGUUGCCAGUUAUGCCAGUGCCUCUAGAGGACGCAUUAUUUCCCUCAAGGCAAAACUCACUAAAAACCCAAGAGGUUCUCGGUCCAUCGCUACUUACCUCAAUGACAUGCGAGCCAUAGCCGAUGACCUGGCGUUGGCUCAGUGUCCUGUCCUUGAUGAUGAUCUAAUCGUCUACAUAUUGACGCAGUUGGGGGAGGAUUACAAUUCUAUCAUAUCGGCUAUUCGCGUCCGUGAAAAGCCUAUGUCCUUUGGCGAGUUAGCAGAAGUGCUGACUGACCAUGGACGUCAAUUGCAUCAGUCUUUAGUGGCCUCUGCCAAUGUUAUGCAACGUGCCUUGCCACCCUCACGGCACAACCAGCACACUGAUUCCAACCGACGAGGUCAUGAAACAAGAGUGUGCCGUAAGCUAGGCAGGUUUUUAAAGGAGCAUAAUGUUCCUCUUGUGCAACCUCCUAUGCCUCCUAUGGCUAAUUCGGUGGUCGGGCCGUCUGCUUCCUGGAUCUUGCAGGGGCGUAUUAAGGAUACUUGUGGCUGA